AGCGGCUUUAACCUCAUCUUCCUCGCACAGGUGGAUUUGUUUUCUAAGAGUUUGCUUUUGGUGCCGAUCCACCUGGAGGUUCACUGGUGUCUGGUGACGGCUGACAUUGAAAAAAAGAAGAUCUGUCUUUACGACUCUCAAGGAAACGCACUCCAGAAGGUUGCACGGAACAUCCUGAAAUACUUGAUGACCGAGGCAAAGGAGAAGCAGCAUACUGAUUUUGAAAGUGGCUGGGAAGUUUCAUAUGAUGAGAUAAUCCCGCAGCAGACCAAUGAAAACGACUGUGGAGUUUUUAUCUUGGAGUACUCUAGAUGCCUUGCUCUGGCAAAACCCCUGCAGUUUUCCCAGAGGGACAUACCAAAGAUACGCAAGAGGAUCUACAAAGAGCUCUGUGACUGUAAACUCCAUGAACAGCCCUGAAGACUUUCAGUAGAUUGUGUGCGUUGCUUUUGAUUGUUGUAGGAAAUCAACGAUCCUCACUUGACUCAAUGUAGUGCUUCUAAUGAGCAGAAGCUGUGCAGCUGUAUGGCUGCACUGUGAGGGCCACGGCUGGACCUGCACUGGCGUCUUCUACCAGGUGCGCUGAUCAUGCUAGAUCAUUGUGAUGUUUAUGUGGUCAGUAAUGUUUCCUGAAGGAAAAACCUCUUCAUGUUCCAGUAAGACUUUGACUUGGAGUUUACACAACAACAGAGCACCACCGAGCCUUCCCGAGAAACUGCCUCUCCAAUUCGAUCUCAUCUUUCAGGGUCCUUGUCUGUUCUCACUCUGAUAUCUACUCACCUUGUUUGCACUUUUUUUUUUACUCUAUUUUUCUUUGGUCAUUUGUUUGCAUCAUAGUUUACCUGUAUGCACCAGAUAAAUGAAUGGAGGCUAUUGUACUUUGUAAAGAAAAUGUGAGCGAUCCAUAUGAUACAUUCGUAUUUAUUUGCACAGUGGAAUUCUGUUAAUGAAGUUGUAAAUAAAUCAAGACAGUUUGCAAAAUUA